AUGUACGGCCCCUUGCUGGACGACGACUCUGACGACACUUGUCAGCUGCUGUGGAGGAAGACGCAAGACAAGAGCAACAACAAUCAGUGGGGCUGGUUCGAGGCCCACAGCCAUGCUCUGGUGGUGGCUGCUGCUUUCGACAGCCUUGUCGUGACGAUCUUGCCUCCUGUUGCCUUUCCUCCGCCUUCCGCCACCCGUGCUGCCCCCUCUGCAGCAUCCAACAGCUCCUCAAUCAAGAUCACCAUGGUCAAGGAAGCUCAGCUUUGCACUGUCAUGGAGAGGACGGCCUACCUCUCCUAG